GCCUACAAGUCUACGCAAUCACAUGGGUUCAAAUCAUUCACGAAACAUUUUACACAUUAAGUCAACGUAGUACGCAAGGAAGCGAUAUACCCUGCUCAGAGAGUUACGGAAUUCUUAUUUUUGAAUUAAAGGGAUUUGACAUAAUUCCUCAUAAUAAUGAACUGUGAAGAGAAAAACGAUGGAGGGGUUAUUAUAUAAAUGGACUAAUUAUCUUAGUGUUAAACCAUGUGAAGGUGAAGAUCUAGCACCAAACACGCCUAACCCUUUCCUUAGUGUUGCAGCACAGGCUGGCAGCCACGCUGGUUUGUACUGGAGGGGGGAACUUUAUCAUAUUAUGACUCACAAGAAGAUGCCUGGAAAGGAUGUAAAGGCAGCAUUACAAUCUCUGUUUGCGAAAUACAAGUUCACUCCACAGAUAUAACGCGAAUGGACCUGAUAAUCCCAGGAGAGCAGUAUUUCUACUUGAAGUCUAUAAAUGCUGCAGAGAGGCAAAAAUGGCUAGUUGCUCUGGGCACCACCAAGGCAUGCCUUACAGAUAAUAGGACAAAAAAAGAAAAGGAGCUACAUGAAAACACAGAAGUUUUAAAAACAAAGAUGUCUGAAUUGAGAUUGUACUGUGACCUUCUUCUUCAGCAAGUAAAUAAAAUCAAAGAGAGCUCUGCAGCUGGAGCAGUCAACAUUGCCACUGAGGAGCCAGAUAAUCUUGACAUGGGAGCCUUGGUGAAGUCCACCUGUAGCACCUUUCUGAAGACUCUUGAUGAGUGUAUGCAGAUCGCCAACAGGACCUUCAGUGCAGAGCUGCUGCACCAGACACCCCCUGGAUCGCCCCAUAUGGCAGCCAUCAAAGCCAACAGGAUGAAACCUCUCAAUUCAUCCAGUCACCCAUCUGGAAUUACAGAAAAGAAAAAAGAAUUGAAUAACAACCGCGAGGCAGCACCUGAAAAAUCAAGAGCUCCAGGACAAGGGAAAAAGAUAUUUGUUGAGAUAUCAGAGCACCAUGACUCAGGCAUUGCAGAAGACUCACAAAACCAGUUAACAAGCAGCUGCAUGAUGGAGGGGGAUCAUACAGAUAAUGAAGAGUUUGAGGAUGCCCCCUGUGAGGGCAGUGCAGAGAGCAAGGGAGCAGAUGGACCCGGAGAGGAAAGUGAACAGGUGCAGAGAGAGACCUGUUUGGAGCAGGAAGGUGGCCUCCCUCCUCUGCAGGAAAAACAGGAAGAGCCAGAAAAAGUUGACACAUUUUUUAGUACCAUGAAUCACAGAUUUAGUGAUAUUACAUUGGAAGAGGACAAUGGUAUUCCAACAGAACCCUUUUUGGAAUCUUGCUAUGCAAUAGUUCCUGUAUUAGAUAAGCUGGGGCCCACUGUAUUUGCUCCCGUUAAAAUAGAUUUUGUAGGCAAUAUUAAGAAAAUUAAUCAGAAGUACAUAACUGACCCACAGAGGUUCACAACCCUGCAGAAGAUUGUGCUGUACGAAGUGGAUACAAAUGUUGCACAGGUUAGAAAUUCUGCAACAGAAGCCCUUCUCUGGUUAAAAAGAGGCUUGAAAUUCCUGAAAGAGUUCUUAUCAGAAGUGAACAGAGGAGAGAAAGAUAUUCAUACUGCACUCAAUAAUGCAUAUGGUAAAACACUACGACAGUACCAUGGAUGGGUUGUAAGAGGAGUCUUUGCUCUUGCACUGAGAGCUGCUCCAUCCUAUGAGGGCUUUGCAGCAGCCUUGGUCUCUAUUGAAGGAGAUGAACUGAAGAAGGGGUUUCCCGAGGGGAUGCACAGGGAUCUUGAUGUCUAUUUGCCAGCUAUGGAGAACCAGUUAGCCAUCUUGGAUGCUAUGUAUGAUGAAUACAGUCUGGAUUCAGAUGAGAUUGUAUGAUGAUAGUAGACAAAAUACAGAAACUGGACUUCAGGGAUAAGAGCUAAACCAUUUUCAGGAGGUGUUGUUUUGUUUUUGGCUUUUCUUUAUUAGUUUUAUUUCUAAGUAGUAUACAUUAAACAGUUCCUAUUUUGAAGAGCAAGAGAAAGAGAAAGUGGUCCUGAUCACAUAUGUGUAGCUAGCUAUUUAUCACCUGAACAAAUUCAUCCCAAUGUUUAUUCUACUGAAGUCACUGAAGGUAAGAAUAAUAUCCACUGACUGGAACAUUGCUAAUGUAGUGUACACCUAUCUCUAAAAAGGGUGACAAAAUCAGAACAAGUGAUUAUUCUUACAAUUCACUUUCAUUUUAGUUCCUGGAAACUAUGAUUACAAUAAAACUAAAAUAUACAGGAUCUUUUGAAUUGGGAUAAAAUUCUAGAGUCCAGUUCGCAUGGAGUAUUUUUUUAACUGUUGAGAGUUCCUUGAACACAAAACAGCAGUAAUGUAUUUUAACCAUAACACACACACAGCAUGUAAUAUGAUAUAUUGGGUUUCAACAGAAGACUGUUGAAAGGUCCUCAUAAAAGAUUAAUAAUUAAAUUACUACAUGUCAGGCAGUAAGCAUUCAUGGUAAUGUGCGGAUUGUGAAUAAGUAAACUGAGAAGAAAAGCAUGAACUCUAGAGAGAGUACAGAUGAGUGGCACAAAUUACAUCAUUACGGGGUACAGUACAGUAAUUAGUUUUGUAUCAUAGGGAUCUUUAUUUGGGCUACUGUUCUAUUUCAGAAUCCAUGAUCUAGACUCUGUUAUACAGUAGUUAGUAAACUAAGCAGGUUUACCUAUGACAUUGACAUUAUCAAACACAUUAGAAGUUGCAAAGGAAAUUACACCAAAACAAAAUGACAAACUGGGCAAAUCAAUGGCAUACUGUAUGAAAUUAAAAGUUGACAAACACAGGGUGUUACAUGUAGGUAGCAAAAACAUACUUAGAAAAAACAGCAUAAAGAAGCCAUUUCUUUAAAAGUCUUAAGUGAUUGUGUUGAUAUGUAAUUUCAAUUUUCUAGACAAUGUAAGUAAACAUUUGAAAAACUAAGAAUGUUAGUACAUGCAGUAUAAGUAGUGAUUAAUAAAGGAAUGACAAUGGUAAAAUGGGCUAAUAAAACCUAAUUUAGGAUAUUGUGUAUAGUGUUGUUCCCCCAAAAAAUAACUGGGAACAAAUAAGUUCAGAAGAAAUAACUACAAAUUAAAAUAAUUUAAUCUUAUUGUCUUGGUUAGAGAGGACUACAAAGGGAUCUGAUACAAGAUUUCAGUGUCCUCAAAGGCAACAACAAGGUUAAAAGACCAUGUGUUGCAAAUUUGUUGUGGAACAAGCUACCCAGCCGUGUUGUAGUAGCUGAAGGCUAGAUUAUCUAAUUGUAUCCAUACGACAAAGAUGGGCUGUAUGGCCUCCUCUCAUUUCUUAUAAUUUAUGUUUUUAUUCUCAGCGAACUAUGAGUUGUGAAGUAUUUAGGAAACUAAAAGAAUCCAAGUUUAGUAAAAUACUGAUGUAGCUAUUUAGCUUCAGAACUGAAAUAUGUUCACCUAAUCUUAAGACUAUUACUAUGAUUGUUCUGUCAAUGUUGUAUCCAGUAGUUUCUUUUUUACAGUUUUUGAUUUUUUACUGAAACUGUUUAUCGGACAAAAAAAGAUCUUGUCUCUGGCAUGACAAAAGCAUGAAAACCUCAGAAUGGUUUAGAAAUUUUUCAAAUGUCUAGCAAUAUGUAGAUAUUUCAUGUAUUUAUAUAAGGGAGCUAAACACAAAAACAUGCAUUUUAAUAGAAACAUUGUACUAAGAAAAGUAUAUUAUUUAUUAAAUUGUUUACAU